UCCUGCUCCUGCUUCAGCCUCUGCUCCCACUGCGGCCGUGGCCCCCCUCGGCGCGGCUCUCUGCGCUGCGCGCCCGCGGGGCCCUCUGCUCCCCGGCCCAUGUACUGGAAGCAUGAGAACGCCGCCCCGGCGUUGCCCGAGGGCUGCCGGCUGCCGGCCGAGGGCGGCCCCGCCACCGACCAGGUGAUGGCCCAGCCUGGGUCUGGCUGCAAAGCGACCACCCGCUGCCUUGAAGGGAAUGCUCCGCCAGCCAUGGCUCAGUCGGACGCCGAGGCCCUGGCAGGCGCUCUGGACAAGGACGAGGGUCGGGCCUCCCCCUGUACGCCCAGCACACCCUCUGUCUGCUCACCGCCCUCUGCCGCCUCCUCCGUGCCGUCUGCCGGCAAGAACAUCUGCUCCAGCUGCGGCCUCGAGAUCCUGGACCGGUAUCUGCUCAAGGUCAACAACCUCAUCUGGCACGUGCGGUGCCUGGAGUGCUCCGUGUGUCGCACAUCACUGAGACAGCAGAACAGCUGCUACAUCAAGAACAAGGAAAUCUUCUGCAAGAUGGACUACUUCAGCCGAUUUGGGACCAAGUGCGCACGGUGUGGCCGACAGAUCUACGCCAGCGACUGGGUGCGGCGGGCCCGCGGCAACGCCUACCAUCUGGCCUGCUUCGCCUGCUUCUCCUGCAAGCGCCAGCUGUCCACGGGCGAGGAAUUUGGCCUGGUAGAGGAGAAGGUGCUGUGCCGAAUCCACUACGACACCAUGAUCGAGAAUCUCAAGAGGGCCGCAGAGAACGGGAACGGCCUCACGCUGGAGGGGGCAGUGCCCUCGGAGCAGGACAGUCAGCCCAAGCCGGCCAAGCGCGCGCGGACAUCCUUCACCGCCGAGCAGCUGCAGGUUAUGCAGGCGCAGUUCGCGCAGGACAACAACCCCGACGCUCAGACGCUGCAGAAGCUCGCGGACAUGACGGGCCUCAGCCGGAGAGUCAUCCAGGUGUGGUUUCAAAACUGCCGGGCGCGUCAUAAAAAACACACACCGCAGCAUCCUGUGCCGCCCUCCGGGGCGCCGCCGUCCCGCCUCCCUUCAGCCCUAUCCGACGACAUCCACUACUCCCCGUUCAGCAGCCCCGAGCGGGCGCGCAUGGUCACCCUGCACGGCUACAUUGAGAGUCAGGUACAGUGCGGGCAGGUGCACUGCCGGCUGCCUUACACCGCGCCCCCCGUCCACCUCAAAGCCGAUAUGGAUGGGCCGCUCUCCAACCGGGGUGAGAAGGUCAUCCUCUUUCAGUACUGACGCUUCCUGCAUUGGUCCAUGGGCACCCCAAGCGCCCCUCAGCCCUGAAGUGCAGUGUCCGAGCGCUGCCAGGAUCCACCCACCUCCACAUCCACCCUCAUCUGCCAUCCUGCCCGCCACCAGCUGGGCCCGUGGGCCUGGCCGUCCCUUCUCCUGCUGAGAACCAGACCCACCAGGAGCACCGCAGAGUCCUCCUCCUGAAGGCAGAGCUCCCUGAACUUUGGAACCGGGGGAAACAAUGGUCCCGUUUUCCCAUCUAGACAGGACUCAUCUUCCACUUGAGCUGAUUACAAUAGCGAAAGGCCGAACUGAAUUGUGCAGCGCCAACAGCCUCUUACUUUACAGGUUUUCUUUCCUCCCAUCUUGGCCUGUACCCACUACUUCCUUGGAACCA